AUGUAUAAGCUGAACGAUAAUAUCAAGGCCAUUUGCAUGAUAGCACUGAUUAUGAUCAAGACGGUCGGAAUAUUCCUUCUCUGCGCCGUGUUUAUCGCCCAUCUUACUAUGAUGAUGAUGAUGAUGAUGAUAAUGCUUAUCUUGCUGGUUGACGCGCCAAUUGGAAGUGACAAGCUUCUGUCAAAUUCUUUGCUUG